ACGUCGCUACCACCGGCAUUCCCAGUAUGCACCGCGGAAAGACCAGCAAAAAAUAGUCCGGUAACUGAAAGGGCUGAGAAAAAGGAACUCAAAAGGGAUAACGUUAGCUAGCAACUAAUUCAUUUCAAACCGUUGUAAAAAAAAAAAGCAAAAAUUGCUAACAUGGCUGACAACGAGAAACUAGACAACCAGCGGCUGAAGAAUUUCAAGAACAAGGGCCGCGAUUUGGAGACAAUGAGAAGACAGAGGACAGAGGUGGUGGUGGAGCUCCGCAAGAAUAAAAGGGAUGAGCACCUGUUGAAGAGGAGAAAUGUGCCCCACGAGGACAUCUGUGAGGACUCUGAUGCUGACGGAGACUUAAGAUCGCAAAACACCUCUCUUGAAGCAAUAGUACAAAAUGCCACCAGUGACAACCAGGGAGUUCAGCUGAGUGCUGUGCAAGCAGCCAGGAAGCUGUUAUCUAGUGACCGUAACCCUCCUAUAGAUGACCUGAUUAAAUCAGGCAUUCUCCCCAUCCUGGUGCACUGUCUGGACAGAGAUGACAAUCCAUCUCUACAGUUUGAGGCUGCAUGGGCUUUGACCAACAUUGCCUCAGGAACAUCAGAGCAGACCCAGGCAGUGGUCCAGUCUAAUGCUGUGCCCCUGUUUUUGCGGCUGCUGCACUCUCCUCACCAGAAUGUGUGCGAGCAAGCUGUAUGGGCCCUGGGCAACAUCAUCGGCGACGGCCCUCAGUGCAGGGACUAUGUGAUCAGUCUGGGUGUGGUGAAGCCCCUGUUGUCCUUCAUCAGCCCCUCCAUCCCCAUCACUUUCCUCCGCAACGUAACCUGGGUCAUGGUCAACCUCUGCCGCCACAAGGACCCUCCCCCACCAAUGGAGACCAUCCAGGAGAUCCUCCCAGCUCUAUGUGUACUGAUUCACCAUACUGAUGUUAAUAUCCUGGUGGACACGGUAUGGGCUCUGUCUUACCUGACGGAUGCUGGCAAUGAGCAGAUCCAGAUGGUGAUCGACUCAGGCAUUGUCCCUCACCUGGUUCCCCUGCUCAGCCACCAGGAGGUCAAAGUCCAGACUGCUGCUCUGCGGGCGGUUGGCAACAUAGUGACUGGAACCGAUGAACAGACCCAGGUGGUCCUCAACUGUGACGCUCUUGGACACUUUCCCUCCCUCCUCACGCACCCUAAGGAGAAGAUCAACAAGGAGGCAGUGUGGUUCCUGUCCAACAUCACAGCAGGCAACCAGCAGCAGGUGCAGGCGGUCAUCGAUGCCAACCUGGUGCCAAUGAUCAUCCACCUCCUGGACAAGGGAGACUUUGGAACACAGAAAGAAGCAGCCUGGGCCAUCAGCAACCUGACAAUUAGUGGGAGAAAGGAUCAGGUGGCGUACCUGAUCCAGCAGCAGGUCAUUCCGCCCUUCUGUAACCUGCUGAUUGUGAAAGAUGCCCAGGUGGUGCAGGUGGUCCUGGAUGGCCUUAGCAACAUCCUCAAGAUGGCUGACGAUGAGGCAGAGGCUAUUGCCAACCUCAUUGAGGAGUGUGGUGGCCUUGAGAAGGUAGAGCAGCUCCAAAAUCAUGAGAAUGAAGACAUCUAUAAACUGGCCUAUGAAAUUAUUGAUCAGUUCUUCUCAUCUGAUGAUAUUGAUGAAGACUCCAGCCUGGUGCCUGAGGCAAUCCAGGGGGGAACGUACGGCUUCAACUCAUCCACCAACGUGCCAGCAGAGGGUUUCCAGUUCUAGAAGGCAUCUCGGAAGUCUUGAGUUUUGUUCGUGAUGCAGCACUCUGUUCAACAUAAAAAAAAAUAUUAGGAGAGAAAGAGAGUGCGAGAAUGUGAGAAAUUAGAUCCAUUGUGCUUGGCUCGUGGGAUCCAUGGCUGCAUCUUAUCAGAGAGAAAAUGUGUGGAUUUCGUUUGGCAUUCCGGGGGAACAAGCCCAAAUGAAGUUUGAGAUGGCGAGUGGGUGCGAGUGAGAGUGAGUGGCUACAUGUUGCAAAAAACAAACAUCUACAUCGAAUGCGUUGAGACAUGCCGAGUAACUGCCUUGUUAUCGGAGCUGUCGACUAAAACAAACUACUACAAUGACAACAAAAACGCGUGGAGAUAUCCCAGCCCGGGGAGAACCAAAGACAUUCAAAAUCAAGAAAUUUGUAGGCAACAAAUCACAAAAACACAAAAGGAAACUCAACUAUCCAAGCGUAAGAUGAACCAUAUCACAAUUCUGCGGUCCUCCGACCAGAGGGGGCGCCACCUCCUGGGCGCCCCUCCCCCAAUCGGCCACGCUAUCAGACGUGUGAAUGGACCCAUUGUGUAUGAAUGUCUGGACUCAGUGCUGAGGAGCCAGGUUCAUCUCCUCCAAUCAGAGGCCCUUGAUGGGGCCAUCUCCCCCUCCCCCCGCGGCGGUGGGCAGGGCCAGAGUCCAGCUGCGCGUGUCAAGUGUCGCGUGUGCGAGAGAAUGGACGAGUGACUGUAUGUGCGUGCGUGCCUGGAGUGUGUAAGAAGACUGGAUGUGAACGCAUGCAGAGAGGAAAAAAAAUACAACAUAAGAGUAACAAAAAACGAGAAACGCAACGAAGGAAAAUACAAGAAUAAAUUCUGGCUUCUAAAGAGGCAGACACAAAUCCCGGAAAGAUACUUUGGAAGUGGGUGGAAAAAAACUACGUCGUCACAAGGAUUUUUUUGUUUUGAGUUUUAAUUGUUAUUAAGUUAGUAUUAAUUGACACUGGACAAUGAUAUGGGCAGAAGUGGGGCAGCGGGUGCAUUGGAUAAAGAUGCAUUUAGUGGCUAUUCUGAGUUUCUGUUUGCCUCCAGUGUGUACCUUUUUAUUUUCUGCUUUUACUUUCAUUGCUUAUGUAAGGUGAUUGAUAUGGAUCAUAUUCCACCCUCCCACAAUAAUAACCAUACAAUAUGGGUUAGAUGCUGUGAAAUUCUGACAUCACUAUUGUCAACCAAAUGACUUCUAUUUCCCCUAGCAUGAUUUAAUGUUUUUUUUCUUUUCUUCUUGAAGCAAAAAUCACUGCUUUGCAGUAUUGUUGCCAUAGCUUUGAGCUUAGACUUAUCACAAGGAGAUGAAAUGAAAAAUUGCCAUUUUAUGUAACUUUGAUUCAUAACCUUUGCAUGUACUAAACUAUAGCACAGUUCAUUUUAGUUUUUUUUUUAAAUUUUUUUUUAUAAACUUUCUUUAGGCUGUGUACACAGUGUAAUUUUCUUUUGUAGUAAACUGUGCUGUUUAAAUGUUACAUGUCUCCCCCUCCCCUUCGGACUUUAGUUUCUGAUUUGCUGAAAAAUCUGAAGAGUUUUGCACAUGUACUGCACAUUGAGAGGCCUGAAGUCGCCUUCACAACACCUUCAAUAAUAUGCAUCAUCCAACCACAAUCUUUGUUUUAUAUUCAUUAGUAUAAAUGGUCAACCCAUGUUGAUCAAUUUUAGAGAAUUUGAAAAUGUUUUUUAGGAUGGGCAAUAAUGAUGCUGCCUUUGAAUUUUGAGGCACUCCAAAGUUGGAGGUAAGUAUCAGGGGGAUUGGACCCCCUAGCUUUGCCAAGGUGGCUCACAAUGAUACAUGUUUAGCCUUAUUCCUUGACCUAACAAGAAUGAACAAGUGUGCUGUACCUCCCAAACCCUUGCUCCUACCCCCUCUUUUCCAUUUAGGUGCCCAAUCUUCCCCGAUUUUUCUGUUAAUUUAAAAAACACUGUAGAAAUUGAUUAAACUUUGUGGUCAUCAUAACUUGUUGAACAUAGGGUAUUUUUUUGCAGCAUUCCUGGUUAGCAAAGAUGUGGUUUCAAAUUGAGAAAAAAAUGGAAGAAAUGGUGGUUAACCUGUUGAAUUAGAACUACAGGCGAUGUUGUCUUCAAUAAAAUAAACAGUGAAACCUG